GGCAGAUGCCGCGAUGAAGAGUGGUGUGUGCUGCCUGUAUCGGCGUUGUGAGAUCUGAGAUGAGAAUGGCUUCGGCGGGCUGAGUUUAUUCGGUUGUGUCAAUCAGAACUUCCGCUCUCCGCCGUGCUCUCGGCUCAAUGAGCCAAGAUCUCCGCCAUGAUUGGUGAUCUGACCGGCUGAGUUGAGCGAUGGCGGGUUUUGCUGCUGGUGAGGUGCAGAUGGUCACAGCGGCGGAGAUCCUCUCGUCGCUGGCAGAUCACCCAAACAACCCUCACAAGGCGCUCGCCGCCUUCGACAGGCUGACCCAGGCACUCCAGACGGGUUCAACACGAGUGCUGCAGGUGAGCAGAGCGGUGCAUUGGACCUUGAAUGGAUGUGUGUGUCGGUGGUGUGUGUGCUGCAGGAGUUGGAGUUGGUAUCUCAUUCGUCGAGCGUCGAGAGGCUGCUGCAGCUGUGCGUGCUGGUCCUCACACAGACGCACAACCCCCACUCCCGCGUCGUUGCUGGCAGGUAGGGUACGGUAUAUAUGUCCACACGGGCGUGUGUCCGCCAGCCAGCCAGCCAGACACCUACACUCACCUCUCUCUCUCUCUCUCUCUGUGUGUGUGUGUGUGUGUGUGUGUGUGUGUGCAGCAUCGUCCGCCGGUUAGUGCGCGAGCGGUGGGCAGCGAUUGCGCCUUCUCACCGGAUUGACGUGCUGCGUGAGCUCGCCAAGUCCCUCUCUGCUGACGCCACGAACAGCACCACCACCAGCAGCACCACGAACAGCAGCAGCACCACUAAGGAGGUGCUUCUCACCUGCGGCAUCUGGUGGAAGAAGGCCCUGUGCGAGGCGGCGAGCGACGAGGAGAGAAACGUCUAUUGGGGCAUGCUGCAGACGGCCAUCGACGAGGGCUACAAGAAGCACGACCACACUGGUCAGCAGAUGAUGGCUUUGGCGCACCAGCUGGCAGCUCAGGUCGACUCGGCCGACAUCGGCCGCAUCUCGGUCACCCACGCGCAGCACACCGCACUGCACACGACCUUCGCGGCUACAUACCUGCCGCCACUGCUGGUCGCCGCCACGAGCAGGCUCUGCCAUGCCCUGCGCCAGACGCCGGCUCUAUUCUCUUCCCCAGCGCUGUCGCCUUAUAUCGACGCCCUCUCUCUUGCUCUCCACUGGGGGAGAGGAGACUCCGACUCGGUGAGGAUCUUCAGCCCUCCUGCCGACUGGGCGCCUCUCAUUCUCGGCAAGGAGGACGGGAAGAGCCCACAGCCCCAACAGCCCCAGCAGCCCCAGCCCCAGUCGGUGCCAGAGCUCGGCCUGUUCGAGCUGGUGCUCCGCUGCUACGAUAUGGUCCGCCCGACGGCCGCCGUCGAAACCACAAACAACAAUAGUGUCACGCGAGCCGCCCACUUCACUCGGCUCAAGGAGUGCCUGGUCGUCCUGAUGGCCUUCAGACCGACCAACGCGUUGGUGGACAGACUGGGGGGGAGGGAGAGGGUGCAUGGCUCGGGGGAGGGGGGCGUGGUGGCUUACCUCUUCCGCGCGCUGGUGCGGCUGUUCGAGAGCUCGUUGUAUGUGCGUGCGAGGCGGGAGGGUGCGUGUGGCGCGGGGGGGACGGUGGCUGUGAUGGAGGUCGUGGCUUUGUGCCACGGGCUGGACGUGCUGGCGCCACAGCUGGUGGCGGGAGGGGGCGGCCUGUUUGGCAACGUGAUGGACGACGCGGCAUUGCAGACGCUCAUACGGUGAGGGUGUGUGAGAGAGAGAGUGAGAGAGUGGCGCCCGACAACCGACCUGUACUCAUUAUGGUGUGUGUGUCUGUCUGAUUGUGUCAGAGUGACAUUGGGUCUGCUCCAAGAGGACUACCACGAGGACUCUCUGCAGGCAGAGGCCCUCCAGCUCAUAAUGCAGGCGUGGGCCACCUGGGCCGACGCCCGGCCCCCCGCCGCCACCGCCAACUCCUCCUUCCCGCAGGCCUGUCACGCCCUAUUCCGGUCCUUCAUAGCCGACGACCACAACGUCGUCAAGACGGCGGACGACACACUCGACCAGAUGCCCGGCGUGGGGCUGCACUUCGACACCACUCACGGCCUGAUCCACUCACAGCUGACGAGGAUGGCCGCUGUGGGCCGGAUGGACGCAGAUCAGAGCAGCGAGGCUCUGCUGCGGCAUCUGGGGGAGAGGGUGCGACGGGCGCGUGUCGGUGUCGGUGUGGGUGUGAGUGUGGCGGAGAGGGAGAGGGAGGCGCUGCUUGACGGGCUUGACAACACGCUGCUGCUCGCGAUGCACUUUGUGAGCAUUGCGGAGGACAGAACAGGUGUGGUGUGCGAGAGAGAGCUGGGCGUGCCAGUGCCACACACACACACACACGUGCCCAUCUGUGUGUGUGUGUGUGUGUCCCUCUGUGUCGGCCAUCAGACUUGAUGCCGCUGCGUGUGAGCGUCCCGCCAUCCCUGAUCUCGCCCCCACACACCUUCACGCGCGUCAAGGGCCUCUUUGACACCGUGUGUCAGUACCUGCACACAGAGGUAUCCGCCUGGCCAUCCAUGGUCCACUCACCGACACGCAAUAGGUGUCUUGUGUUGUCAACGCGCAGGCUACAGCGAUGACACACCAGAUGCAGCAGCAGAGGAGUGCUGGCGUGUGGGGUGGGGGCGGUGGUGCUGGUGGGGCGGCGGACGACGGUGAGCCACACACACACGCGCACAGACACACACAUACAGAGAGAGAGAGAGAGAUUCGUGUGUGUAUGUGUGUGUGGAUGUCAGUGUGCCCUCCCUCUCCGAAGGUGCUGAGCAGCGGUGUGCUGUUCCUCUUUCGGUUUGUCGUCACGUACGCCUUCAGCCCCGCCCUCCUCUCAGAACACCCCUCACAAAGUGGGCACGCACACACGCACCACAGACACACGCACACCACUCACUCACGCCCAAACACACGAACCUCUCUCUCUCUCUCUCUGUGUGUGUGUGUGUGCAGGUGAGGUAUCUGAGCUGGCGGCGCUGUCGCACCACUGGCUGGCCGAGGUGCUCUCCAUCGCGUGUUCCUUCCUCUACCUAUUGCCCAACGAGCUCUCCCUCGCACUCACAUGCGCAAGGGCACUGCAGAGGCUCGCUAUGCUCGACCGCGUCAAGGUGGGAGGGUGGGUUUGCCUCUAACCGCCACCUGGCAUCCAUCCAUCCAUCCAUGUGUGUGUGGUGUAGGAGACACCUUUGGUGUGUGCCAUGACGCGCACUCAGCCGUUUGGGCAGCUGCUGCAGCAAGUGCCGAGGCUCUGCUCGCGGGCGACCGUGCCGCACCCCUCUCCCUCGCCCCCCUCCACCCCCACCCCGCCAAAGACGCCCCCAGCUGUCGAACUGAGCAACCUCGCCACCGUGAGGCUCCUUCCUUGAUCCAGACGUGCAGACACCAUUGUGUGCUGUGUGUUGGGUGUUGUGUGUUGGGUGUUGUGUGUUGUGUGUUGUGUGUUGUGUGUUGUGAGUCGUGUGGUGGGUGCAGGUGGACUCCAAAGUGCUAAUUGUGCUCUUCUCCGCGCUCUCGAGUGCGAUAUGCGCGGCGCAGCAUGAGCACGACAAGAGCGCCGGCACCGGGAUGGUCAACGGCAGCGGGGGAGCGCCCCACCCCAUGCAGGAAUUCCUCGCGAGAUGCGACUGCAUCAAAAGUCAGUCAGUCAGCCACAUGGCCACUGACCCCUCCCUCUCCAACUCAGACCAGACGUGUGUCUUGGUCUUGGGUGUCUGUCACCAGGUGCCAUAGAGGACCUCUGUCAGGGCCACGAUUUCGUCGCGCAUCGAGGCGGCCACCGCACGGCGGUGUAUGCGCGUCUUCUGGCGAUGCUGACGGGCAUCGUCCGGGGCACCAGGGUGCACUUCGUGUGGCUCGUGGACUGGCUUGGGGGCUGGAGUGGGAGUGGGAUGGGGAUGGGGACGCUGCAGCUGGUGGUGCAGCUGACCACCAUGGACAGGGGGUACAUCAUGUACCCCAAUGUCGUGCUCAGGUGGGUGAAGGAGUGAGUGGGUGGACACACACGGAGAGAGAGAUGGGUGGACAGGUGCACUGCGCGCGUGUGUGUGAUGUGAUUGCAGGACGAUGAAGUUCGUCCUAGAGCUGUGCAAGGGCAAUGUGGGUGCGCUGCGAGUCGAGCAGAGGGCGGCGCUGCUGCACGCCGUCUCAGCGCUGAUCGAGAGCUUCGCAUUGAAGUACAGAGACGUCAAGUCGGUAUCCGACGACCAGGCGGCCAUCUACAAGCUCGUUGACGCGGCCUUCAGGUGCCUGCCUUUCGUGCCCCUCCCCUCCCUCUCGCUGUGUGUGUUGGAUUGGGUCGGGGGAAUGUGUGUGUGUGUGUGUGUGUGUCUAGGUGUGUGCAUCAGGUGCAGUGUGGCGAGUUCGUGGGCCACUAUGAGAGCGAUGAAACCUUCCAGCUGGCCAUGGCCGCCACGCACCUGAUGGGCCCCUUCCUGACACACCUCACGCAGUCCCACAAGUAAUGACCUCCUGGUGGUUGUUGCGUGGUUGCAUUGCCUGUGGAGGGAUGGAGGGAUGGAUUUGUGUGUGUAGGGCGUGUGUGUCGUUUCUGUGUGUGUUGGGCCAUCUAGUGGACCACCACUGCGACGCCCUCAUCGCACAGACCACACCCCACCUCACCGUGCAGCUCGUCCACACGGUACACACAAUCGCAGAACCCCUCCCUCCCUCCCUCCCUCCCUCCCUCCCCACCAACAGUUGUGUGUGUGUCAGGUACGCGACAUUCUCCUGCUCGAGAGUGAUGAGUCGCUCUCUGCAGCGUCCGGCCGGCAAUCCCGGUCGCUCCGUGAGCAGGCGGCCUCUUGUGUGGAGGCCCUCACGGCGUUCGUCGCCCAAUGGGAAUGCCAGUCGUCCGGCCGUGAGACGGUCACCCCUGAGUCAGACCCCUUCUACCUCUUCGCCCAGGCGCAGGAGACCAGCGACGGCUUGUUCAAUCCGAAGCUGCCGCUCCCACGGUAGCAAUUGCCACGUCCAUCCAUCCAUCCAUCGCUCUGCCACGGCUGUCUAUGUGUGUGAAGGUCAACGAGCACGGCUGACCAGGAGGACUGUGGGAGCACGGCUAGCAACAAGCGGCUGCGGGGCGGCGUGGACAACGCCCGGAGCGUGCGGGUGGAGCUGCUGCGGGUGGGGGUAUUGCUGGUGACCAAGGCGAUCGACACGCGAGUCACCAACCAAGUGUUGAAGGUGUACGGGUGGCUGGGCUAUCGAAUCUACGGCCUGGUGGUGGGGCUGGAGAGAGGGCCGCAGGAGUUCAAGGAAAAGAUCUUGCAGGACGUUGCGGCGGUGAGUAUGCCACACACAAAGACCACUCAAAGAGAGGCUACAGGUUACCUGCCUGUGUCUGUGUGUCUAUGUGUGUCAGGGGCUGUCACGCCCGGCCAGUGCUGGCAACCUCCCUCCCCUGCACCACCCCCACCUCCCUCCGUCGCUCUCGCCCUCACUGGACGCCCUGCUCAACUCAUGGACCCAGUGCUGGGCCACUCAGCACAAUCAUAACGGUGCACAUGUCAGCAACGGCAAUGGGCCCAACCACGUCCAGGCGCAACCGAAGGGCUCUCGGAGAGGCGUGGUUGAUGGGCAUGUGCGUGAGCGGGUCGCUGGUGCGUUUGAUGUGUUCCACCAGGAGUGUCGGGGGCUGCUCAGCUGAGGCAGCACAUGACGACAUAGAUGACGACUCGGACAGGCAGCGAUCGAUGGUCUGUGGGGCCCUGGGGGGUAGGUGGUGUACUGUACAGAAAGACAGAGAUUCUGAAGUAGAAGUCUCGUUUACAGACCGCCGACAGGCGCAGCGAUUGGAUGCAUUCAAUUGCAUGAUAUGGACCGUCUGAAUGUCACCG